UAUUUCCCUUCCCCGCGUGGGACUUCCACGGUCUUCGGCAUCUCUAAGCGUAGCGAUGGCGGACAACGGCGAGGUUGGAGAAGAGUCGCCGAUUACCUUCCUUGUGAAAACCUCAAGUGAUGCAAAAUAUUCUCUUACUCUAGCCCCGUCGACAAAGAUUGGGAAUCUGAAAGUCAAGCUCUCAGAGCCACAAUACGCCGAUGUCCCUCCUGCGCGCCAACGUCUUAUUUACUCUGGCCGGGUCCUGAAGGAUCACGAUACACUUGCAACGUAUAAUGUCAAAGAUGGCCAUACAAUUCAUUUGGUGAAAAGCGCUGCCAGUAAUCAACCCCCGCAGCAAAGCUCGCAAAGCUCCAGCGCGACAACUGCUGGCCGCUCGGCACCCCAAGCACCGCCACCCGGAGUUCCAACCAAUAUCGCAGCCGGCACGGGAAACAACCCUCUGGCCGGGUUAACCGGAGCAAGAUUCGCUGGCUACAAUAUGCAACUUCCAGGAGCAUCCUUUUUUGGGCCUGACGGAGGAAUGGGCCCACCUCCUAGUACCGAGCAAUUGAUAAAUAUGCUUGACAAUCCCCAAUUCCAAUCCAUGAUGAACGAAGCUCUCCAGAACCCUCAGCUCCUAGAUAUGAUGAUCCAGCAAAACCCGAUGUUGCGCGAUAUGGGGCCCGGUGUGCGACAAAUGAUGCAAUCGCCCGCAUUCCGUAGGAUGUUGACGGACCCUAAUAUGCUUCGUCAGAUGGCUCAGAUGCAAUCGCAGUUUGGUUUAAGUCCGUUUGGAGGCGGAAGCGGGGAGAAUGCGGCCUUUCCCGCUCCUGGAGUCACAAACACGACGUCAGAUGAGCAUCGCCAGCAAGAGAAUACACAGACGGGCAAUACUGGAAAUAGUGCCGGAAACGCCCCCAAUCCUUUUACUCUUUUUGGCCUUCCUCCUCCUCCACAGGGUGCAGCGGGAAACCCUUUCGGGGCACUUUUUGGCAACGCAGCGUUUGGGGGUGCGCCAACGGGCAAUAGCCCUGCUCCUACAGGUACGCAAGAGAAUCAACCUCGAGAGGGCGCUUCGACGGGCACCACUGCACCUUCGUCAACCGCCGAAGGUACCCAGCCAGGCCAGAAUCAACAAAAUCCUUUUGCGGCCUUGUUUAACCCGGCGCUACUUGCAUCACCGCCUGCCGGGCAGACCACGAGCCAGCAACGUCAGAACCCAUAUGCGGCCCUUGCAAAUAACCCAUUUUUACAAGACCCAACCCUGUUUAACCAGCUAAUGCAGGCUGUUGGAGGUGGUCAAAAUGGCUCGAAUGCUGAAGCCGGUGCCAACCCAUUUGCGGCGCUCUUCCCUGGGCUGAUGGGCCAAGGCAGCUCAAUUCCACAAGAUAACCGCCCACCAGAGGAAAGAUAUGCCGAGCAACUUCGGCAAUUAAAUGAAAUGGGAUUUUAUGAGUUUGAAAGGAACAUUGAGGCACUCAGAAGAACAGGCGGAAGUGUCCAAGGAGCGGUUGAAUAUCUUCUGAACAAUACAUAAGCGACCAUUGUUCCUUUGUCCUUUUUUUUCUUUUUCCCCCUCGAAUUUGUGUAUCAGAAGGAAGUGGUAGUAUGAUCUUGGUUUUGUUGCAUUUUUGCCAUGUCCUUUUACGAGUUAUGUCUUCAUCUUAUGCUUGCAACCAAGUGUCCCUGCUGCAGCACACCCUCCAACUGUUCCCUUGUGUAUUAUCAGCAUGCUUGUUGUCAUCCUCCAGCUAUCUUCUCCGUUUGCUCCCUCCACAUGUCGAAAUUUAUCAGCCUC